CAACUCUGCUUCAACUAAACAAUGAGCUCUCGCCGAGAAUUUCCCUCCGAUGACCGGCCGCUGCAACUCUGUCCUUCUCCAGCGACCUUCUGUAGAGUUGACGCCUUAGUCUUUAUUUGAUUCUAGAAGAUUCUGAGGGUUCUGGAUUCUCUGUUCGUUCUCGGAAGACGACGGAUUGAUCACGGAUUAAGUUGAGAGAAGCUCUCAGUUUAUCGGAGAUGGUUGUUUAUAAGACACAUGGCCUGAUCUGCUUGGAUUUGGGCUUUCUUUGAUGAGAAAAACAUACCCACAUGCUUUUAUCACUUAUGAUUCUGAAAUUUGUUCUCGGACAGAUCUGGGUCUCUGUAAAGAUAUUUAUUGCAGAGAAAAGGAUCUUCUUUCUGAGUAAUUGGCGCUGUUCUUUUAUUCCGUUGAAUGCGGGACUUAUGAUUGCCACAGCUGCCAAAUCCAGUUUGGUUUUAUGAGACAUUUGAUCAAUGUGGUCUGAUUUCUAUAGAGUGGAUGGAUAUAUGUGAAUCACUGCAAGCAUUACCAAGACACCGAGCUGUGGAGACCCGAAAACCACCCUUGGUUUCGGCCAAAAAGAACAAUGCAGUCACCCACCGGACGAGGUAUAGCUCACCUUCGACGGCAACGUCAUCGAGUCCCCGGCGAUGUUCAUCUCCAAACCUCACAAGAACAACUACUCAGUCUUCCCAAUUGUUACAUAAAAGAGCUCAAUCAGCGGACAGGAGGCGGUCUUCAACUCCUUCUCCUCCGGGUCCAUCUACACCAGUUCAUGAGUCAUCUGUUAAUGUGCAGAUGUCAUCAAAAAGGAUAACAGGUAGUCGUUUACAGGAGAGUUUAUGGCCUUCCACAAUGCGGAGCUUGAGUGUUUCUUUCCAGUCAGAUACCAUUUCCAUACCUGUUAGCAAGAAAGAAAAGCCAACUGUUUCUAAUUCUGAUCGUACUCUGAGACCGACUUCAAACGUUGCCCACAAGCAGCUUGAAGCACCAACCAUACGUAAGCCUAGUCCAGAUAGAAAAAGGAGUCCUCUCAAAGGGAAGAAUGCUUCUGAUCACUCAGAAAAUUCCAAACCAGUUGAGAGUUCGCAUUCUCGGUUGAUAGAUCAACAUCGGUGGCCGAGCAGAAUAGCUGGAAAGAUCUCUUCUAAUGCGGUGCAUAGUAGUUCUGAGUUUGCUGAUAAGGCAAUCAGAACAUUGCCAUCUUCAGUUCCUUGUACCGGGUCUUCUCCAAGAAAAUUGUCCUUAUCAAAUGAAACAAGCAAGCCCUUUCAAAAGUCUUCUAGAGAUACUUCAAGACUAAUAAUGCUUCCUGAAAAUGAUAAAAUAAGAAGUGAGGUGAAACAUGUUGAUGAUAGUUCGCUAUUAGUAGUAAGCCCUCAAAAAUUUGUUUCCGCGAGUUCAUCUGAUAAAAUAGGAUUAUUAGCUCCACCUGUUAGAUCUCAAUCUUUGCCGACUCCAGGAAUACGUCCACGUUCCCCAAGUAAGACCUCAGUUCUAUCCUCCUCUAGUUCAAGAGGUCUGAGUCCAUCUCGGUCAAGGCCGUUAACACCCCCUUCCAGAGGGGUUAGUCCAUCCCGCAUAAGGCCAACCAAUCUAUAUAGUCAAUCCAACAUUUCAGUUUCGGUGCUCAGUUUUAUUGCUGAUUUUAAAAGAGGUAAAAAGGGUGCAGCCCACAUUGAAGAUGCUCACCAAUUACGGCUUCUUUAUAACAGAUAUCUGCAAUGGAGAUUUGCCAAUGCAAGAGCUGAGUCUGUACUUUAUAUCCAAAAUGCAACUGUGGAGAGAACUCUGUAUAACGUAUGGAACACUACUUUGUCUGUGAGGGAUUCCGUAACUAGGAAGAGGAUCAAUCUCCGCCUGCUGAAGCUCGAGCUGAAGUUGAACUCUGUUUUGAACGAUCAACAGAUGGCCUACCUCAAUGAAUGGGCUUCACUUGAAAGUGACCAUGCUAAUGCUCUAGCAGGAGCUAUAGAAGAUUUGAAGGCUGGCAUUCUUCGGCUUCCAGUAACAGGAUGGGCAAUAGCAGAUAGUGAGGAUUUGAAGGUUGCAAUCUGCUCAGCUGUCGACGUCAUGCAAGCAAUGGGAUCCACAAUCUGCUCUUUGCUAACGAGGGUGGAGGGCACGAAUGAUUUGGUUUCUGAACUUGCCAUUGUAGCAGCACAAGAAAAGGCCAUGCUUGAUGAAUGUGAAGAGCUUUUGGCCUUGGCAGCAGCUAUGCAGGCGGAGGAAAAUAGCCUUCGGACACAGCUUAUGCAAAUGAAGCAAGCGUUGGAGACAAAUAAGUAACUUAGGUUGAAACUUUCAACCGGCUUGAACCUGACCCGCUUCUGAGCUGAACCUAUCUCUUGCCACUUCAAUCAUGAUAAAUGAUAUAUAGUAUUUACUGUGUCUUCACCAUUGUAAAUCUCUUUUAGGUUUGUCUUAUUUAUGUUGGAAUUACAUUGUUUGAAAUUUUUUUCCCCUUCCCUCCAUACUAGUGGCCCUCUCCUCCUUGUAACUUUUAACUUUGUAUCAGGCAAAUCGAAAGAAAAUGCAAAGCAAAUGAGCAAAAUGUUGAGAUUUAGCAUAGAAUAGCAGCCUUAAGGUCA